UAUCUCUCAAAUACCUCCCUUCCUUCCACCACAUACCUCCUCAGUCUCUUCUUUCUCUCUCUCUCUGUGUCUGAAGUUGUUUUAGGGUGCUGUAGUUUUUUGUUUGCAGAAAACAUCUCCUUCCAUUGUCUGAAUUUUAGUUUCCCCGAUUAAAGCAAUUCUGCUCUUGCUAGCUAGCUUCCGUGUUCAUACUGACAGUUUCUCCUACAACCCCUCGUUUUCCUUUACCAAAUUAGGUCUUCAAACAAGCUUAAAGCUUGAUUUCUACAAAGAACAGCUUUUGAAUUCAUAAAUAGUACCUUAUAUUCAGGGGCAAUAUGUCAACUGCUGUUGCGGCGGCUGCUGCAGCCGCUACAUCCUCUCUCAGCCGGUGCAGCAGCUCUACCAACAGCAGUUCCGGGAACCAGAGUCAUCAUCAAUCAUUAAUCGCAGCACCGGUAUCCCCACCUGUACUGAGCCGGUACGAAUCCCAGAAGCGGCGAGACUGGAACACCUUCGGUCAGUACCUCAAGAACCACCGCCCGCCCUUAGCUCUCUCCCGCUGCAGCGGCGCCCAUGUUCUUGAAUUCCUCCGGUACUUGGACCAGUUCGGGAAGACCAAGGUCCACAACGACACCUGCCCGUUCUUUGGCCACCCUCACCCACCAGCUCCCUGCCCUUGCCCACUGAGACAGGCUUGGGGUAGCCUGGAUGCUCUCAUUGGCCGCCUCCGCGCAGCCUUUGAAGAGAACGGCGGGCAGCCGGAUACCAACCCGUUUGGCACACGCGCUGUGAGGCUGUACCUCAAGGAAGUGAGGGACGCUCAGGCCAAGGCAAGAGGGAUAGCUUAUGAGAAAAAGAAGCGCAGGAAAUCACAAGUACAGCAAAAUGGGUCGUCACAGGAGAUCAUCACCAUGCAAGGGUUAGAGGCUAGAAGCAGUACUGGUUCAAACCCAAUUGGGAUCAGUUCGAGUUAUGGAUGUUUGGGUAAUAAUGCAGGGAUGUCUUAGUCAAAUGGAGCCGUGUCAUAUGGUUCCAGGGAGUUGGGCGCUGAUGCUUGCGCUGUCUUUGAAGAAAGAAGAGGCUAGAACUUGUGGUGGACGAUGAUGAUGUGAAAACUGAAGGGAUUAGUACUUGUGGUUUGAAAGUUGAGUUCUCUUGAUGGGUCCUUGAGUAGUUAUUUGCCUUUAAUUAGUCUAUUAUUAGGUCGUAGGUGAAAUUCGGGUAUCUUUUUUAUGCACUUGUUUUGAUAGAUUAUUACUUCUAGUACUUAAGCUGUCUACUAAA